GUUGUUAACGCUUAUAGUGAUCUAUAUGAAACUUUGGCUAAAUGUAGUGAAAGUUUACUGUAAUAAAGUGCACUGUAGUUAAGGUGCAACGAAAUAUAUAGUUCCCAAAACCUUGACAACAGCAUGUCAUGAGGUCAUGUGCUUUCCGGUGUGAAGUCUCUUUGAAACUUCCUCGUUGGAACCGAAAGCAUUUCCGUUGACCUGAGAAUAAAACUUAGCAGCGCUCAAGAAAACCCCGGGAAACUUUGUUAUAUUUUGUACCUUUAACUAACUGAAAGCAGAAACUAAGGAGCUGCCUCGAGAUAAACCGCUUGGCUGUCGCCCUUGUCUAAAUGUAAAGGUGUGCAAGCUAGGACCAACAGGUUCUUCUUGAUCUGCUCACCAUGACCCCAAUAAACCUCAAUAAACUUCAUGAGAUUGAUGAGGAGCUGACAGUGUCCGAGGUUGCAGCACUGAAGUUUCUCUGCAUGAAUCACCUGGGUAGGAAACGUCUGGAGAGCGUGAAUGAUGCAAAAGACCUGUUCCUCCGGCUCUCAGAGCAAGCCUUGUUUGACAAUGAACUCUUUCUGGCUGACCUGCUCUACACUAUUGCACGUUAUGACUUGCUUCCCAUCAUGGGCACUAACAAAGCUAAUGUCAGCAGGUUGUUAGAAAUUCAGUGCUCUGGGGUUUCAGUUUACAGAAAGAUGCUUUAUAAACUAUCUGAAGACAUAACAAACGAAAAUCUUCGUAACAUAAAGUUCCUCCUGGACGGCCUGCCGAAAGCAAAGCUGGUUUCCGCUACAUUUCUAGAUGUUUUGGCUGAAAUGGAGAAAAUGGAAAUGCUUGGAGAAGACAACCUAGACGAACUAGAGAAUGUUCUAAGUAGGUGCAGUAAAGAGCUAGCUGAUAAGGUACGGAAAUUCAAGAACACAAGUAGAACUGGGCAACGUGAUCGCAUGGCAAUACAAGAUCAAGAAGAAAAUAGCAUUCUGUCCAUACCCUGUCAGGAGGAAAUCAGAAGUCUGGCUCUACCACUUCAGGAAGAACCCAGCAGUCAGCCUAGCAUGUCCAUAGCAGAAACGAGCUCAUUCUCUACAGAGUCAGGUUCCGUGUCUGGGAGCGAGAUGAUGGUGGACACAGAUUCACAACCGAUGCCACCCUCUGAACCUGCACCAACAAAUAUGAAUAAUGCGGAUGAAUGCUAUCCCAUGAACCAACGACCUGUAGGACACUGUCUAAUUAUUAACAACUACAACUUUGAAAAUACAUCUAGACUCUUCAACAGGAGAGGGACAGAUGCAGAUAAAGAUACACUUACAGAAGUUUUUGAGAGAAUGCAUUUCUCUGUAGACGAGAGAAGAGAUUGUUCAAGCACAGAAAUGCUGAAAAUAGUGAAGGAGUUUUCAAUGGAGGACCACUCUAAAAUGGAUGCCUUUGUAUGCUGCAUCCUUUCACAUGGUGAGAAGGGCACAGUGUUGGGGACUGAUGGCAUACCUGUUCCCAUCCGUGAGCUCACGCUACCGUUUGCCCGCUGCUCAAUGCUCACAGGCAAACCCAAACUCUUCUUCAUCCAAGCCUGUCAGGGCAAUGAUCUGCAGGAGGGUGUGUGGAGGCCUGAUGGAACUGAAGAGGAUGAGUAUGAGCAUGAUGCUGAAAAAGCUGAUGUCAACCGUUUACCGAUUGAAGCAGACUUCCUGAUUGGGAUGGCAACUGUGGAGUCCUACAAGUCUUUCCGUCACACAAAAACUGGAUCCAUUUACAUCCAGGAGUUGUGCAAACAACUGAUGUUAGGCUGCCCCAGAAAUGAAGACAUUUUGACAAUUCUGACACGGGUGAACCGCAGCGUGAGCUCCCAGGAUUUAAAAAGCUUCAAACAGAUGCCUGAGCCUCGCUACACUCUUACCAAGAAACUGGUGCUACCAAUGGACUGAGCUAGAAAGCCUUUGUGAUCAGUUUCUGUCUUCCGUUACACCUGACUAGCCAUUCAAUUAAACCUGGUCAUCAUGGUAGAGCAUGGUUUUAGAAUGCCUCUAUUGAUUCAGUUCAUCUGCAGUGUAAAUUUCCACCAUAGGAUUAAAAACUGCUACAUGCAGACUACUUUGCAGACAAACAUCUCUUCGUAUGUCUGGCAGUUUUCAGUGCAUUCUGUAAUUAUGAUGUUCUGUGCUUUUUGUUCUUAGACUACAGCUUCCAUCCUGUCAGGUAAUGGAUCCUGUGAUAUUCCUGAAUAGCACAUUAUCUUACCUAAAAAAUUCUGUAUGUGGAAUUUACCUAGAGGUUAUGACACGUACAGUCUUUUAAUGUUUUAGCUGCUGUUCCAAAUAAUCCCAUAAGUAAUUAUGUGUGAUUCAUUUUAGGGGAUUUUUCCAUUGUUUCAUUAUGCUGGAAUAUUAGUGUUGUUUUUUUUGGUUAAACAUUAUGCAAAAAAGCACUUCUGACAAAAAAGCCAGCAGUUUUGUUGUGAACUACAUUCAUAAAGGUACAAACCAUUUGAUAUUAGGUAAUGCACUGCUGCCUGUGGAUGUAACUAAUGUUUCUUUCAGGGUGUUUCUUUUGGGCGGUAGUCCAAUAAUGUUUUUCACAUUUAUUUUUAAGUCUUUAAUACACACUUCUCUUAUUGCCAUCAAUCACCUGGAAAAGAUGUUUUUGGACUUGAGUGAGUGUAUAUUUCACGUAAUCCGCAAUAAUGUUUAUGGAUUACUUAUGUAUCUUUAGCUUAAUUUAGGUGCUUACUACAAGUGCCAAGUGAAAGAAAUCUUAUAUUGAAUUAGAAAUUCUGAGUUGUUUACAUGUUAUAUAACUUGACAAAUUCAAUUAGAAAUUUAAACUAGACUUUAACAUUUAAUUGAUAUUUCAUAAAUGUAAGAGAGUGAGUUUAAUUUCAGUGACUGCACAUGCAAGAAAAUUUCUUGUACUUUUUUUUAAAGUGUUUAAGCACUGAAAUACAUGUAUUAAACAAAAUAGUUUAUAAGGAAAUAUUAUGCACCUUCGUGGUGGUUAUUUGUAAUAACCAAUGAGGUUAUUUUACAAUUUUCUAGUUUUGAAUGCCAUAAAAUAAUAUAAAAUGAAAUGUAUACAUUUAUAUUUCUAUAUAAAUGACAAUUUGUAAAAUAAAUCAAUAAAUAAAAAAUAAACACUGAAAUAUAAUUGGUAAAAAAAAAAACCUGGAAGUUGUAUUACAUCCUCAUAAACUGAUUUAAAUUUAUAUGAAUCAAUACAUCAGUAGAUACAGAGAAUAUCUAUGUAUAUCCUUUAGGAGAAUAUACAUUAUAUAUUUAUAGUAGCUACAGGUAUUUUUUUAUGCUGUUUUUUAGAGAUGUUAUUAGGUUAAAUAUUCUAAUCAGUUUCACUUUUCCUAAUUGGUUAUAUUUUCUUUAUAAUAAAGUGUCUAAAUUAUAGAAUACAAUAUAUACAAUAAUGGAUUAUGAAAAUAAUUAAACAAAUGGAAACAAGAAAAUGCCUGAUAAUGUCUAAAAAUAUCCUCUCUGUAUUUUUGUAUAAUAUUUUUUAAAUUAUUCAAAUAAACUGUUUUG